UUUAAACCGGGCGAUUAAUUCUUACUACCACCUGAACUAGGGUUCUUCUCAUCGUCUUACUAAAUACAGAGGAUUAUGGGUUUUGGUAGCCAAACGGUUUUUCUGUUCUACUGACAAAGGCUCUUAGUUGCGAUCUGAUUCGAUCUCUUCACGUGUUCCAAUUCAACGAAAUUUAUGUGUUUUUGAACCAAUGGGGAUUUUUAAUACCCCCAAAUGAAUCUAGGUUUUCUAAAUUCCAGAAGUUGAGAGCAGAUUUAAGGAGAUAUGGCGGAGGAUGUGGCGGUGGUGGAAGAUAAAGCCUCCGGCGCCUGCUGCGAUGCGUUGAAGAAGAAGCACUUGAAGCUUUUGGAUAAGUAUUCAAAGGUUGAAGAGCUGAAGAACAAGUUUCGCAACUGUACCACAUUAGUGCAGGAAAAGUACGAUGUGAUUGAGAAGGAAAAUGGAGUUCUCAGAAAAGCAUUGGAGGAAGUCAAGUUGCAGGCUAAUACAUGGAAAGAUGAGAAAGAACUAGAGUUUGGUCGUCGUGUUGAUCUUGAGGAUGAAGUAUCUGCUUUAAAGGAAGAGGUUCAAUUGCUGAAGCAGAAUCAUAAUUCUGCUCCUGGAGAUGCAGUUAAGGAGAUUCAAGAACGUCUUAAUUCAGCCGAGGAUGAGAUUAAACAUCUGAAGGAGCUUCUGGAGAAAGAGAGGGAGAGAGCAUCCUCGGAAAAAAAGAAAGCUGAGGUGGAGAAGAAGAAAGCUGAUGAGGCGUUGAAGAAGAUGGAGGCGGGGAAAAAGAAGGUUAGUGAAGCGCAGAAAGCGGCUACUGUAGAAAGGAAAAAGGCUGAGGAAAAUAGGUUAUUGUUGGAAAAAUUAAAACUGGAAGCUGAUGCAGUGAAGUCAAAACUAGCUUCAGAGAAGUCUAAAGUUGAAGCUGCAGAGAAGAAAGCGGAGGUAGAGAAACAGAGAGCUGCAAGAGAAAAGAAAAGGGCUGAUUUGGCUGAGAUAAAAUUGAAAGAACAAAAUGACCUUGCAGAAGCGAAUUUAAAGAAGGCCAUCUUUGAGAAGGACCGGGCUGAUGAUUUGAAUCUGAAGUUGGACGAUGCCAGGAUUAGGGCUGAAAAAUUAGAGGAGUUGAAUAACAAAUUAUGCUCUGAAAAAGCUAUCAAGGAUCAAGCGUACAAGUCCAAAACUGGAAAAGAUGUAGAUAAGCUGGAUGAUGCUUGCAUGGAUCUGCUAAAGAAAGAUGCCCAAUUGCCAAAAUGGAUGGAGAAACUCCUCUCGGAUAAAGACCAUAAUAUUAAUAGGGAGAGAAAGCAUGCAGAUUCAGAAAAAAAGAAAGCUAAGAAAUAUAAGGAACUUGCUGAAGUACAGGAAAAGCUGGCCCUGGAACAGAAGCAUCGAGCUGAUCAGCUAUGUAAGGAGUUGGAAAGUUGUAGGUUGAUGCUAAAAGAAUUACAGAAGGAGCUGCAGGAAUUUGUUUCCGUGAGAGCAAAUGCAGAUAAUGCACGUCUGAGAACUAAAGAGGUUGUAAUGGAAACUGAUACAGUUAAGUUGCUUAAAAAGCGUUUGAAGCUAGAAAAGAUGCUUGUGAAGCAUGCCAAUGAGACAGCGAAAGUGGAAGCCCUUCGUAACAGCAUGCUACAUCGAGAAUUAUAUCACCUGAAGCAGGAGUAUCUUUUUUUCCAACAGCGUUUGAAUUUUCUAGAUAAGAGUUUCCUGCACGGCCUUGAAGGUACACAUCAUCUGGGAAAGAUGGGGAAUCGGACAUCAAUGAGAGAAACACGCUCAGAUGGGCAUCAAAGGCCACUCGUAUCAGGUACAGAUUUUGGACUGGAUCCUCCAUCUAGAGGUUCCAACCAAAAAUUGUUACAGAGUUCUGCGAUAAAUUCAAGUACGGCAUCUUUUUCUGAUCGAACGUUGGUGGGAUCACAGGAUAGACGUACCACCUCUGUCACUGCUUCAGAUAAACUUGGGGAAGAUGUAUCAAACCUCAGACCCACUGUACCACGGUUGUCUGACCAGAGGGGAUUGAUGUACAAUGAACAUGCUGUAGCUGAAGUUGAUAACGGCAUAAGAAGUCCAAUUAAGGAUAGCGAUAAGGAAAAGAGAGUUGGUUACUCUGGAAAGAAGAGGAUUCUUGAUGCGGUGGAGUCCAUCGAAAAUUCAUAUUCUAUGGGCGAGAAGCUGCAUCAACGGGUAUUAGAGAAACUUUCCCUACUGGAUGGUAUACUCAAUGAUCAAAAGAAUGAACAUGAAGACAUUCUGAAAGAGAAUUCAAGCGGAAAACAUGUUAGACCGAGCAAGAGGAGAAAAAUGUCACCUGAGGGAAUGAAAGAUGUUCAUCAUUUAGAAGACUCUGGGGAACCAAAAAGCAUUGUUGACUUGGGUGUUGAUCAAUCUGAUGCUUGUAUGCGUGCUUCACCGCCACAGAGAGAUUUAUUGAAAAUUGGUUGGCAUUUGGAGGAUGGAGAGGAUGAUCAAUUUGGAAGGAAUCAGUGCCUUCCACAAGAAUUUGAUGAAAUGGCUGCCUGUGACUAUAUGAAAUUGCUGGACUUAGAGGACGCUGAUGAUGAGUGCUCUUACCGUCGAGCUAUUGCGAUGCCUCUAUCUCCUUUGCCACCUGAGGUUGAUAUUCCUGGAGGUGAACAACUUGAAGUAGAUAAUCCUGAAAUGCUGACAUACAAGGGUUUUCCAGAGGCAUCGUCAAAUACAAAGGAUAAUGCAGCAUCAAACUCUAGAUUUUGUAUUAUCGACAUGGAGAAGAACCCCACAAGCAUGGUUUCAUUGCAGUUGCAGCCUAGGGAUGAUUCUGUUGACCUUUUAAAAAGUAAAGGUGCCUUUUUGGGUAAUGACAAUCUUCUUAAGCAGACCCGUGUUGCUGAAAAGUUGGGGACGUCAAAUCUAUCUGGUUCUGGAAACAAUGAACUUGGUCUACUGUGUGAAAGUGGAUUUGUUUCUCCUAAUGAUUGUUGUCCAAGAUAUUUUAUAAUAUCCUCAGACUACAAAGACAGUUCUAGCAUCUUUAGGAUUCUUCAGACAAUGGAGAGUUGCAUACCACGAUGUUCUUUCUAUAAUUCAACUGAGAUGUUCCUUCAAGGUAUUCAGCAUGCUCUUUUGAAGGCAGAAGAUCUUUCAAUGAAGGAGAAGGUCUGUGUCCUCUUCUCGCUUUUACUACAUGGGAUUUCUGAGGUUGGAGUUAGUAAGCUGUCAGAUUUCUUGAAUGAUGAUUUAAUCCAGUCAUUUGAUUCGGUAACACAGAACAUUAAAUCAGCACUCUCUGAUCCAGUUUUGAGAAAGAUGUUCAUGGAGACAUGUGAUUUGUUAGAACUAUUUACCGUCAUCGAGAACUUUAUACUACAGGGGAAAGUGUUUGUUUGUGACGAAGUCUCUGGUAGUCCAGAGGCUACUCAUAGUUUUAAGGCAAACCUUGUUCUUAACGGUAAUUCCGUAACGGUAUCUGAAGUUAUUGCUUCAGCCCAGCUGUUGGUUGCUGGGGCAAGUCUUUUAGCAUCAUUGUGCUCUGCAGUUGGCCAUAUUGGUUUUAUUUGUGAGACUUCGUGCAACAUUAUCCAGAUGCAUAAAUUUGACCGUCUCUUGAUGCUGGCAAUCCUACAUGCUUUUGCUCAUGCGUGCGGCUCAAAAUUUUUGUCCAUCCAGCAAUAUUCAAUAUCAAUGACUGUUGUAAAAUCACUAGUUACGUUUCUUGAGAAGCAAGCUAUAUCGGCCAAUUCAAGUUCCUUUGGACUAUCAAAGUUUUGGGUGUGUGGCAAUAAUUGUCCCUUCUCAGAGGGUGCAAUUUCCAUGGAGGAUGUCGUGUCGUUACUGUUGGAAAAGCUUCAGAAUCACGGGCAGUACAAUUACUUGCCUCAAGAUUUGCUAGUACCAGUAUUAUGUUCUCCGAAUAAGAGAACAGUGGAAAUUUCAGGCUUGAGGGAGGAUGUUCUGCCGAGUUUAACGUCUGAUGAGAAUUUAUGCGACUUCACCGAUAUUCUAUCUUUGCUUGAGAUCCUUUCUUCUUUCAUGGUACGAAAUUCCUCUUAUAUUUUU